UUAUUAACCUCUUUUCGCUUUUCUGUGGAAUUGCGUGGGUCUGCCAGGAAGUGUGUUGCCUCGCAUGUAUAUGUGACUUCUCUAAUUUACUUGUUUUAACACAGCAAUGUGUGUGGAUAUGUAGAAUAAAGACUAGUCAGGAAUGCUUGGCUUUGGACGGAGACUGGAAAACGAAAAACCACAGAUGCUCUCUGCGUUUGUUAUGCUCCUUGCAUUUGCGGUGUUUUUGUGAGGUUUGGCGGUUGGUGAUUCCCGUCGAUAAGGAAAGUAAAGUGGUUACAACAUGAACAAAAGACUGCCUCCUUCCGUGCAGUUUCCCUGUAAUCGUCAUAGAUUAAUCCAUUGCAGUAAUUGAAUAGCGAAUGACUGUUGCAUCGGAACAUCUCUUACAGCACGGUGAAGGGGAGGAUGAAAACUGGUGAUUCACGUGUGUUUUGUAACCCUCCUUCCCCUCUGCUGCACACGCCUAUUCGCUACCUAAGACAAGGACAAGUGUAUGCAAUGAAAGUUAUACAGUAGAAAGAACCGACAUGCGUUUCCAGUUAAAUGCGCCCAUCUGUGAAGCACUAUUGUCAUUAACAAUUCGUGUUACCAAGACGGCGGGUGUGUCUAGUGGUUAUUCAUGUUUUAUAGUUGAAAUGAGAUGAUGGAUACAUUGUUGAGAUUAGAAAUGCCAACAGUGAUGAAGGUCAAAGAACCUAAUUGUAGUGAAAUACGACAAAAGAGGUAUUGUGAAGAUGACGUUGUUGUAAUGGACGGAAGGACUACGAGAAAAAAAUAUUGUGGUUUCAGAAAGUGUCCUAGGUUCGAUGUUCGUGGUUGUCAUAUCAAUUUGUGCUGGACAGUGUGUUUUAUAGUUGUUACGAUUUUGUUGUGGUAUCCAGGCGUAAGUUUCGGGAUGCCAGCUCCAGGAAGACUUGAAGCGGAGCAGCGAGCAGCAGGGAGAGAACACGGUAGCCGACAGAAGAGGGCCAUCAUUGGCGACAAUGUGCACCGCUACUUGAUGGAUUUCGGCUAUCUGCCUCAGUCUGACCUGGAGACUGGCAACUUGAGGACCGACGACCAGCUUCGGGAUGCUAUCAGAACUCUGCAGACGUUCGGCAAUAUUCCUGCAACGGGUGAAAUGGACGAGGCGACUAAGUCAUUGAUUCAGAAACCGCGGUGUGGCCUGCCAGAUAUCGCGUCCAAUCACUUCAGGAGCAAGCGCUACACGCUUCACGGCCAGAAGUGGCACUACACCAACCUCACGUGGAGUCUUCGGACGGUAAAUCCACGUGGACUUGACCCUGGAGUGGUACGGGCUGAACUUCACCGGGCGCUGGACGUCUGGGCACAGAAUUCCAAACUCACCUUCCGCGAGGUCAAUGACGACCAGGCAGACAUUCUAGUCUUCUUUGAAAAGGGCUACCAUGGGGAUGGCUAUCCUUUUGAUGGGCCAGGCCAGAUUCUGGCACAUGCUUUCUUCCCUGGUGGCGGUCGAGGCGGCGAUGCUCAUUUUGAUGAAGAUGAAACAUGGCUUCUCUUGGAGGGUGACCACCAUCAUGGUACCAGCUUAUUUGCAGUAGCAGCUCAUGAAUUUGGCCACUCCUUGGGUCUGUCACAUUCAUCUGUGGCUGGAGCUCUAAUGUUUCCCUGGUAUCAAGGCCUGAAACCCAACUUCCAGCUGCCAGAUGAUGAUCGUCACGGUAUUCAGCAACUGUAUGGUCCAAAGGAUGAUAGAAGAACAUGGGAAACUAUUCCAGAAUACAAUCCACAACUGCCACACUACCCCACUCAUCCACCUUAUUAUCCCAGACCACCAGAUCAACCUAGACCACCACCUGAAUCACCUAGGCAACCAGUGCAGCCUCCUAGACAACCAACUCAGACCCCUAGGCAACCACCUAGAAGACUUGACCCAAUUCCUCCUGACUAUCCGGAGAAGCCAACAAAGAAACCACACAGGAAGUCAGGCAAACCUGAUUCAUGUGAUACAAGUUAUGAUGCCAUCUCUGUUAUCAGGAGGGAGGUGUUUAUCUUCAAAGGAAGGUAUAUCUGGAGGAUUGGGGACAAUGGCUUAUAUGCAGGAUAUCCAGCAGAAACACAUAGGAUGUGGAAUGACUUACCCAAGAAUUACACACACAUAGAUGCAGUGUAUGAGAGAGGAGACAAGAAGAUAGUGUUUUUUAUAGGGAAGCAAUACUACCUCUAUAAUGGUAAUGAACUUGAAAGGGGAUUUCCAAAGCCACUUACAAACCUUGGUCUGCCAGAGUCACUGGAGAAAAUUGAUGGAGCCAUGGUGUGGGGACAUAAUGGGAAAACAUACUUCUUCAGUGGAACCAUGUAUUGGAAGUUUGAUGAAGAUGUUGGGAAGGUGGAAUUGGAUUAUCCAAGAGACAUGUCCAUGUGGAGUGGUGUGGGCUAUAACAUUGACACUGUAUUCCAGUGGAAAAAUGGAAAGACGUACUUCUUUAAAGGAAAGGGUUUCUGGAAAUUCAACGAUUUGCGGAUGCGUGUUGAAAAUGAACGACAAACACCAUCAGCACCUUUCUGGAUGGGUUGUCCACAUGAACUAGAAAGGCCCUCAGAACCAAGAGAUGUUCUUCCACCUAAAGAAGAACUGGAUAUUAAGCCACUGCCAUCUCAGUCUGGUACAGCAUCCAUGUGUUCCAUUACCUUCUUGACUGUGCUGACACUUCACUCUAUGUUCACACUAAGCUAUCAUCUUUAACAGAUCCAUAAUGUGAGAUUGGGAUCACUGAGUAAAGCGGCUGGCUACAGGCUGGAUGACCAGGUUGGAUUCCCAUUUGGAGGAAGAUGUUGCUUCAUCAUCUUGCCCUGGACUGCCUUUCACCUUCCUUCCUCUCCAGUGAGCACUGGGGUCUGUCACCCCAAGGGCAAAGGAAUGAGCUGGAGUGUGAUUACUGAUCACCUGCUUCUAGUGACUGUUGUCUAGCUUAAGACUGUAUGGACCUUGCGUCCAAUCCUGUAUGCCUUCAUGGCAUGGUGUGUGUGUGUGUGAAGGGACAACUUUACAUACAUUCUUGUGUUAAUAGGAUAUGACUGAUUACAGAAUUAUAAAAAAUUCUUGAUGUCUUAGAAAAUGUUCGAUUAUGCAAGCCUCUGUGUUCAGGGGCAUUGACUUAUAAUAUGCAGUGGAGUCUAAAAUGUACCAGAAGUGUUGGUAAUUUAUGAUGGUAUUUCAUGUUUGUAUACCAGGGUUUGUAGUUACUGGUUUUAUUGAUAACUAUAACAACUGUGGAAUGCCCCCACAGUAUAGAAAGGAUGUGAUUUAGAAACUGUGUCUUUACCAUGGAAUUCUGUAACAUCUUUUCAUUGACUCCUGUGUUGUAAUUUGAGAUGCUUUCACACAGAAUUAUAUUCAUUUUGCAGUUACAGAUCAUUGCACUGUCUAAAAAUAAGCUGGAAAUAGGAGCCAUGCUACCAGGCUUGCCAUCUUAACACAUAAAGGACCAGUUGCAUGAUAUCAUGCUUUUUGCUUUUAAACGUGGCAGACAGGUUGCA